AUGUAAUAAAUUUACUUUAUGAAAAUAUUCAUUUAUGAAGGUUAAACUUUGACACCAAACAAUAAAAAUUUUGUGACAAUGUCUGCGUUACUGCUUUCUCUGCCAGAACUUUUUGAAAAUUAUAAAGCUUGGGUCAGUAAAAAUCCUUUAGUUGCCAGUGAUUUUGAAACUAGUGCCAAAUGGAUUUCAUAUUUUAUUGCGGGUCGUAUUAAUAAUUCGAGUAUACUUUCGGAAUUAGUAUAUUGUUUAUCGAAUUUGUUAGUGUUAUUCAAUGAUCGAAUUAUUAGUAAUACUCGAAAAUUGAAUAUUCCACAAUCUGGUGAUCAAUUGAAAGUAUAUUUAACAGUUAUCGAAUAUUCUGAAGUAUUUUUUGAGUUGUCAAUUAAAAAGUUAUGGGGUGAACAAGGUCGAUGGAUUUUAGUUACUUGUAUUCAAGUUUUUAAAUGUUUGGGUCGUUUACUUUUAUUAUACAAACAUCAAGAACCCAUUAUUCAAAACCCACCAGUUCCAACACUUCAAAGACAACGGGUCGCUGCUGUUGAUUUAUCCCAAAAUUCCGAUGAUGUUAUUUUAAUGAACGAUCCCCAUCAUAACGCUGUAUCAUUUACCUUACAACGUUCUGGGCGUGUAAUACGAAAAAUUAGUGUAUCGCCACCGAAUAUGUUACGAGAUUGGAAACCAUUAACAGCACCCACAACGAAUUCAAUUGAUAAUGGCAUGAAAAUUGCGAAUGGCAAUUGCGUCGAUGAUAUAAAUAUUAUUACGAAAAGUGUUUUAAUCGCUGAGACUUUGUAUAUUAUUAAACCGAUUGUACAUUUAGGAUGUAUGCGAUUAUUUGGUACGAAAACGUGGAAACCAUGGAUGAUUUCGUUAAUUAUGGAUUUGGCAAGUUCACAAAUUUAUCACAAUCAUCGACGAAAACAUCUUUUACUACCAAGUCAACGAAUGGAAUUAUCACGACGUACAGCUGUUCUCCUAUUAUAUUUAAUCCGUUCACCAUUUUACGAGGCUCACACAAAAGAACGUAUUAAUCGAUUCCUUAAAGGCUGUGGUAAUAAAAUUCCAUUUGCUGGUAUGAUUUGCAAUCCAAUUGCACAAUAUUUACCAGUUUGGCAGAAUACAUAUUUUUAUAUGUGGUCAACAUGAUAUUAUUUUUAUGUUUAUUACAUUUUGUGGUUUUUAUUUUUAUAAGAAAAAGGAAAAAAUUUUAA